AUGAAAAUUCUAGUGACUUCAGAUAAUCAUCUGGGAUACAGCGAGACUGAUCCAAUCAGGGGAAAUGAUUCAUUUGACACAUUCAAGGAAAUUCUUGGAAUUGCUGCUGAUAGCAAGGUUGAUUUGGUUCUGCAAGGUGGCGAUCUCUUCCACUACAAUAAACCGAGCAGAAAUACGUACAACAAAACACUUCAAAUUCUCCAACAAUUCCAAGCUACCACUCCCAUUCGGAUUCUGGCGAUCCAUGGAAACCACGAUGACCCAAGUGGAUUCAACUCAGUCUCACCUAUGGACGUAAUGCAUUCAUCUGGUCUUUUGGAAUAUAUUGGAAGAAACAAGGCAUGCGAUGGAAUUGAGAUUGAGCCAAUUCAGUUGGGUUCAGUUGCCCUGUACGCCUUGGGCUACGUCAAAGACGCCAAAUUGUUCAGAAUGCUCGAGACAAACAAAAUUUAUUACAAUAACUUAUGCAACAAUAACUACAAUAUUCUGAUGCUUCACCAGAACAGGGCGUACAAGGAGGGGAUGUACGUGCCAUUAGAGCACAUUCCAAGUGAGUUUGACCUGGUGAUCUUUGGCCAUGAGCAUUUGAGUGAGAAAGUCACAGGAAAACACUUUGAAAUAAUCCAAGUAGGCAGCUCUGUGCGUACGAGUCUCUGUUUAGAUGAACGUGGUGAUAAGUACGCCUAUUUAGUUGAAUUAGAAGGGAAAAGUGCACGAAUAACGAGACAGAAGCUGAAAUCCGUUAGACCAUUUUACAUGGAUUCUAUGCGACUGGAUGAAGAUGAUUUUAAGAGAAAAUUGGCUCGUUUUGUUGAAAUUAGUUUGAUGGAGAUGGAUUCAAAGAGAGAGAACGAGAUGGCUCCACUGCUUCGUCUACGAGUUGAAUGUCCUAAUGGUUGCAAAUUUGAGCGACUUGAAUUGGAUAAAUUGGUUGAAGGAAGAAUUGCAAAUGUGGGCGAUUACCUGAAAUUAACCAAAAAGAAUCAGAAGAAGGAUCAUCAUGUGGAAGUCAAGAAAGUUAAGGCAUGUUCGUUUGAAGAACUGUUUCAUGGAAUAUUACGUAAAAUGGAAUUGCGUGUGCUGGGUGAGAAUGAAUUGCGGGAUGCUUUGGUGAAGUCGGUGAAGAAAGGCGAUAAAAGGGCCUUUGCUGAUCAAAUUGCAAAAUGUGCUGAUGAGAUUGUGGAUGGGGUGAAAUUAGAUGAAAUUGGAGCAGAAGAAUUGGAAAGCAUCAUAAAAAGAGCGAUAUAA